CACCAAUCUCACGUCGCCUUUCAUUCUCCAUUCCCCUCCAAUCAAUCGCCUCCAUUCACAGUCCUUUUUGUCCUUUUCUCUUCCCCCGUUCCCUAUAAGAAGACCAAGAGUGGCCCCGCUUUUCCCCACGCUCUUGCCUCCUUCAACAAUGGCUUCUCCUCUCAAACUUUCCUUCUCCCUCCUUAUCCUCUCGUUUUUCAUCCUUUCCUCUGCCUUGGACAUGUCCAUAAUCACCUAUGACGAGAAUCACAAGAUGGGCUCUCCCCAUCGUUCGGAGAACGAAGUCAUGGCUUUGUACGAAUCUUGGCUUGCGAAGCAUGGGAAGGCGUACAACGCCAUUGGUGAGAAGGAGAAGCGUUUCGAGAUUUUCAAGGAUAACUUGAAAUUCAUCGACGAGCACAAUUCCGCUGAUCGGUCGUAUAAGCUGGGCCUGAACCGGUUCGCUGAUCUGACAAACGAGGAGUAUCGUAUGCUGUUUGUGAGUGGAAGGGUAGACCGGAAGACCAAGCUGAUCAACCGAAGAGCGAGUGACCGUUACGCGUUUAAGGCGGGGGAGGAGUUGCCGCAGUCCGUUGACUGGAGGAAGAAGGGCGCCGUUGCACCGGUCAAGGAUCAGGGCCAAUGCGGGAGUUGCUGGGCGUUCUCUACUGUUGCUGCUGUUGAAGGGAUAAAUCAGAUAGUAACUGGAAAUAUGACAGUUUUAUCUGAGCAAGAGCUCGUUGAUUGCGACAGGAAAUAUAACGAGGGUUGUAAUGGUGGUCUUAUGGACUAUGGAUUUCAGUUUAUCAUUGAUAAUGGCGGCAUCGAUACAGAGGAAGAUUACCCAUACCUAGCUCGUGAUGGUACUUGUGACACUUACAGGAAAAAUGCCAAGGUGGUCUCCAUAGAUGCGUAUGAGGAUGUUCCAGCAAACGAUGAAAAAGCAUUAAAGAAAGCUGUGGCAAAUCAACCAGUCAGUGUUGCGAUUGAAGCGGGGGGCAGAGCUUUCCAACUAUACCAAUCGGGUGUCUUUACUGGACGCUGCGGAACAGAUUUAGACCACGGUGUUGUUGCCGUUGGAUAUGGUACAGAAGAGGGCAAAGAUUACUGGAUUGUGAGAAAUUCAUGGGGUCCCAGCUGGGGAGAAAACGGCUACAUCAGGCUUGAGCGCAAUGUGGCUAAUACCUUUGCAGGAAAGUGUGGGAUUGCAGUGGAAGCAUCUUAUCCCGUCAAGACUGGUCAUAACCCUCCUAAUCCUGGCCCAUCUCCUCCAACCCCGGUGAAACCCCCCACUGUCUGUGAUGAAUACUACACAUGCCCAGAGGGCACCACCUGCUGCUGUGCAUACCAAUAUGGCAAAUUGUGCCUUGGCUGGGGAUGCUGCCCCUUGGAGUCUGCCACUUGCUGUGAGGACCAUUCUAGCUGCUGCCCGCACGACUAUCCCAUCUGUGAUGUUGAAGCUGGCACUUGUCUAAUGAGCAAGGACAACCCAAUGGGAAUAGGAGCACUGAAACGGCGUAAUGCUGAGCCGAAUUGGUCUAGUUUACAUGGUGGCAGGAAAAUUAGCAGCUCUUGAGAAUCGUCUGCCUUAUCUAAGACGGGAAACAACAUCGACUUGGUGGUGUAGCAAAAGCAAUUUUGCUAUAGGAGCCAGUUGAUAGUCUAGGGAGGAUGAUUGGAGCGUGGAACCUCUCUGCUCCUUAAGCUAUUUAGAACCGUUGUCAACUCUGGAUACAUUUGUAUAUAAUUCUUGCUUUUCCUUUUCUCCUCUGGAGAUUUGGCAAAAUUCACAACUUUCUAUCGGGUCUUAUUUGUGGUAUUGAAAAUGUCUCAAGGUCUGUACUUUUGAGGUUUCCUGUGUCUUUUCUUUUCUAUAUGUGUUCUAUUGUCAGCUUGUCUGGGGAAAUUCUUUCAAUCUAAAUGAAAAAAUUUAAGUUAUUACCUCC